AUGUCGUGUUCCAUUACCUCUCUUUGGAAUCUCUGCAAUAUCGACGUUUCAGCAGGUAAGUUGCGUCAACCAACCACCGUAAGAAGAUUCACACUGGCGAUUUGCUGGAGUCGCGUCUUCAAUCCGCGCAAGCGAGUCUUGGAGAAAAUCGUCAAUCACGGUAUCUGUCUGACGUCGGACAUCGACAUAUUCCUGAAGCACAUGAACAACGCGCGCUACAUACGCGAGCUCGAUUUCGCCCGCUCCUGCUUCUACGACUGUUCGGGCAUAUUCCGGGAAAUCAGGCGCAGAAAGGCCACGGUACUUCAAGGCGCGACCUCGAUUAGAUACCGCCGGCCCAUAAGUAUCUUCCAGCCGUACAAAGUCACCACGCAGCUCAUUUACUGGGACGAGAAGCGCCUCUACCUGGAGCACGACUUCGUGAGCCUGUCGGACGGAUUCGUGAGGGCCGCGGCGCUGAGCCUGCAGUGCGUCCAGGGCGCGAGUGUGCGCGACAUCGUCGAGGCGAUAGAGCCGGGCUGCGUCAGGCCCGGGAAGCCAGAGGCCCUGAGACUGUGGCUCGAGUCGAUGGACGAAUUCUCGCUGCAGUUCAAGGCCGAGAAUCGACUGGACACGAGCAAGAAAAAAUCGACGGCCACGGAGAUCAAAGUCGUCGAUUCGAGCACGUUUUUACCCAUUGUCGAUUCUCACGUCGAUCGGUGAAUUGUACACACUGUAUUAUAUUAUACUUUUGUAAAU